AUGAAGGACAAAGAAGAGCCACAAAGGGUGAAAGCAAUUGCUGAGAUAAUAAAAAUUCUGAUAAAAAGCUAUGAGGACAAGAAGCCUGUCAAUUUAACGAAACUCAAUAAAGAAGUUUCAGCAAAGUACUCGCUUGCUAAAAUCCCGAAGCUAGUUGAUAUAAUCAGUGGAAUUCCUGAUGACUAUAAAGCAAUUUUAACCCCACUUGUAAAGGCCAAGCCAGUGAGGACUGCAUCUGGGAUAGCUGUUGUGGCUGUUAUGUCCAAGCCUCAUAGGUGUCCUCAUAUCGCUACAACAGGCAAUAUUUGUGUAUAUUGUCCAGGUGGUCCUGACAGCGAUUUUGAGUAUUCCACACAAUCUUACACAGGGUAUGAGCCUACGUCGAUGAGAGCUAUUCGAGCUCGCUACAAUCCUUAUAUACAAACAAAAGACAGAAUCGAGCAGCUUCAAAAGCUAGGCCAUGAUGUCGACAAGGUAGAAUUCGUAGUAAUGGGUGGCACUUUUAUGUCAUUAGCAAAAGAAUAUCGUGACUAUUUUAUCAGGAAUUUACAUGACGCUUUGUCUGGGCAUACUUCACAGAAUGUUCAAGAAGCUAUGUUUUACGGAGAGCAAGGGUAUAACAAAUGUGUAGGUAUGACUAUAGAAACCAGGCCUGAUUACUGCUUACAGCCACAUCUAAAUGAUUUGUUGUCAUAUGGAUGUACAAGGCUAGAAAUAGGAGUCCAAUCUGUAUAUGAAGAUAUCGCUAGAGAUACAAACAGAGGGCAUACAGUUGAAGCUGUAAAAAAAUGCUUUGUGCUUUCAAAAGACACAGGUUAUAAAAUCGUGACUCAUAUAAUGCCUGAUCUUCCUAACAUGGGCUAUGAGCGAGAUAUAGAAAGCUUCAAAGAACUUUUUGAAAACCCUGAGUUCAGACCAGAUGGUCUCAAACUUUAUCCAACCUUAGUAAUCAGAGGAACUGGUCUCUAUGAGCUAUGGAAAGCAAACAAAUACAAAAAUUACCACCCUGACCAACUUGUCGAUAUUGUUGCCAAAAUACUUGCUUUAGCCCCACCAUGGGUCAGAGUUUAUAGAGUCCAAAGAGAUAUCCCCAUGCCUCUUGUUACAUCUGGUGUAGAUUAUGGGAAUUUAAGAGAACUCGCCUUAAAUAGGAUGAAGGAGUUAAAACUUGCAUGCAGAGAUGUCAGGACUCGAGAAGUCGGCAUGCAAGAAGUGCAUAAUAAAAUAAGACCUGAAGAAAUUGAGCUUGUAAGAAGAGAUUAUACCGCCAGUGGUUCUUGGGAAACUUUUCUAGCUUAUGAGGAUCCUCGACAAGAUAUUUUGGUAGGACUUUUAAGAUUGAGAAAACUGGGAUCAGCUACAUUUAGAAAAGAAUUGCUAGGAAAGUGCAGCAUGGUCAGAGAACUGCAUGUCUAUGGAAGUGUAGUGCCGGUGCAUUCAAGAAACCCUACAAAAUUCCAGCACCAAGGUUUUGGAACUAUGCUGAUGGAAGAAGCUGAAAGAAUUGCUAGAGAAGAGCAUGGGUCUGAGAAAAUCGCAGUUAUCGCUGGGGUAGGUGUGAGGCACUAUUAUAGAAAGCUUGGAUACCGCUUAGAAGGAGCUUACAUGGUUAAAGAUCUUAUAUAA